AUGAAUCGAGGUAUGGAGACGAAAAAGUUCAAAGAUCUGUCGUCCUUUGGUUUCUAUGUCGGCAAAGAGAAGACAACAACAGACGAACUCUCGUAUACGGACAAGGAAAAUCACACGGACAGUGUGAUAGCAAUCGAAACAAACACUUCACUCAAUGCUAUUGAUUCACGUUUCUUGUGUCCAACUAACAAUCUUGCUUCUCUGACUGAUCCAAAAGCAACAACGACUGUUACGGAGACUUCGUCAAGCUUACAGUCAUCUGCAUCAAAAAAUGAUAUUGGAAAUCAUAUCAACGGUCGAUUAUCACUGUCUGAUGACGUACGGUAUUUGCUCUUCAAGCAACAUUUUGUUCCCGAUGGAAGAUUUGAAUGGCCAUUCGCUGAACGAAAGACAAACAAUACGAUUGAAAGACGUUUGUUACGUCAAAAGCAUCUCGAGGGUGAGGGUGUGGGUGUGGGGGUAUGUAUGUAUAAGGAAAACUAA